ACGAGUACCGCCUUGCACAGUUGCAGUAAAGCACUUUUACCAAUCCUGCAAAUUAGGUUUCCAAUUCCUUCGCUUUAGUGCCUAAUCUUCCUCACCGUUUUGGCCGAAUUUACCGUAUUUCUGCAUCAGCUUCUCAAUAUUUUCCCAAUUCCUUUCCGUCAUGAAGAAUCGAUACCCAAAAGACGAAGGAAACAGGGAGAAAUUCAACGGCUCGACAUCGAUCAACAAAAAGAAGGAUAGCAUGAAGAAGAAGAAGAAGAAGAACAUGAGGAGAAUGGGUGGGCAAGGCCUUUCACUGGAGGCCUUCGCUAAUGCCAAAUCAAAUAGCAGCAGCUACUUCAAUCCUGCUUUGAUAAAGAAGCAAAAGGAGUUUUACAAGAAUUCCAAGUAUGUGAACAAGUAUAAGAAGUCACUAAAGCAACAGCAGAGCAAUCUUCCAUUGGCUAUAAGACCCCUUGAGGAAGAGAAUGAAUUUGAACACGGUAAGGAGGAGAAUGGAACUGAAAAUGGUGGUAGGAAGCAUGAUGAAACUGAAGAUGGUAGUAAGAAGGAGAACGAAACCGAAGAUGGUGUUAAGAGGAGUAAGAAUAACAAGAAGAAAAAGAGGUAUGGUGCUCGUAAUUUAAUAGAAGUGUAUGAGAAGAAGCAUGAAGAGGAAGAGAAGGCAAGAAGGGAGAGGGAUGCGAUUAUUCAGGCAAAGAAGGAAGAACGAGAGAAGGCCGAAGCCCGGAGGAAGUCUGUGAGGGGGAAGAUGCUUAAGAAAACACAUAAAGGUCAGCCUGUUAUGAAGUACAGAAUUGAACAUCUUUUGGAGACUCUUCAAGGUUCUGCAAAGCAAACAUAGUUUGUGAAAAUUUCGAAAUGUUUGAUUUUUGGAUAAUUGUAAUGUUGCUGAUUGAAUUACUCAACUAACCUUGAUAAGGGCAAUUCCAGUUCCUCAAGCAAAUGUAAAACCAUUUUGAUA